AUGGAAGGCUGUGACUCGCCCGUCGUCUCGGGGAAGGACAAUGGGUGCGGUAUCCCUCAGCACCAGCAAUGGACUGAACUCAACAGCACCCACCUCCCCGACAAACCCAGUAGCAUGGAGCAGCCCACAAGCGAGAGCCACGGGCCCCUGGACGGCCUGAGGGCCCCCUUCAAUGAGCGCCUCGCGGAGAGCACCGCCCCGGCCGGGCCCGUCGCCGAGCCCGCCGCCGCUGCCGCCGCCGGCAAGGAGGUCAGCUGCAACGAGUGCUCGGCCUCCUUCGCCAGCCUCCAGACCUACAUGGAGCACCACUGCCCCGGCGCCCGGCCCCCGCCGCCGCCGCCUCCUCCGCCCGUGAGGGACGAGAGCGGGAGCGACAGCAGCGAGGAGGGGGAUGAGGAGAGCGACGUGGAGAACCUGGCCGGGGAGAUCGUGUUCCAGCCGGACGGCUCGGCGUACAUCGUCGAGAGCCUGAGCCAGCUGACCCAGGGCGGGGGCGUGGGCGGCGGCGGGCCUCUCCCGUCGCUCUUCCUGAACUCUCUCCCCUCCGCCGCCGCCGCCGCCUCGGGGGGCAAGCAAGGGGACCCUUCCUGUGCGGCACCCGUCUACCCCCAGAUCAUCAACACUUUCCACAUAGCCUCAUCCUUCGGGAAGUGGUUUGAGGGCCCAGACCAGGCUUUCCCGAAUACCUCAGCCCUGGCGGGGCUCAGCCCCGUCCUGCACAGCUUCCGCGUAUUCGACGUGCGACACAAAAGCAACAAGGAUUACCUAAACAGCGACGGCUCUGCCAAAAGCUCCUGCGUAUCCAAAGAUGCUCCCAACAACGUGGACCUGUCCACCUUCGAUGGCUUCGUGCUCUACGGCAAGCGGAAACCCAUUCUGAUGUGUUUCCUGUGCAAGCUCUCCUUCGGCUACGUCCGUUCGUUUGUGACCCACGCGGUGCACGACCAUCGAAUGACCCUGAGUGAAGAGGAGCGGAAGAUUCUUAGCAAUAAGAACAUCUCCGCCAUCAUCCAAGGGAUUGGCAAAGACAAGGAACCCCUCGUAAGUUUUCUGGAACCAAAAAACAAAAACUUUCAACUCCCUUUAGUUUCCACCGCUAACCUCAUAGGCCCCGGACACAGUUUUUAUGGGAAAUUCAGUGGCAUUCGAAUGGAAGGGGAGGAGGCUCUCCCCGCCGGCCCCACUGCCGGCCCCGAGCAGCCCCAGGCGGGUCUCCUGACCCCCAGCACCCUCCUGAACCUUGGCGGGCUCACCAGCUCCGUCCUGAAGACCCCCAUUACCUCAGUCCCCCUGGGGCCUCUGGCCUCCAGUCCUACCAAGUCCUCAGAGGGCAAGGACUCUGGGGCAGCAGCAGGAGAGAAGCAAGAAGUGGGUGAUCCGGACUGCUUCUUGGAGAAGGCGGAGCCUGCCGAGGAGGAGGCGGAGGACGAGGAGGAGGAAGAGGAGGCGGAGGACGAGGAAGAGGAGGAGGAAGAGGAGGAGGAAGAAGAGGAAGAGGAGGGCUGCAAAGGACUCUUUCCAAGCGAGCUGGACGAGGAGCUGGAGGACAGGCCCCCCGAGGAGUCUGGGGCCGCGGCAGGUAGUAGCAGCAAAAAGGACCUUGCUCUCUCAAACCAAAGCAUUUCUAACUCCCCCUUAAUGCCUAAUGUGCUCCAGACCCUGUCCAGGGGCACAGCUUCUACUAGUUCUAAUUCCGCUUCUUCCUUUGUUGUCUUUGAUGGUGCGAACAGGAGGAAUCGUUUAAGCUUUAACAGUGAGGGCGUCAGGGCCAACGUGGCAGAGGGCGGCAGGAGGCUGGACUUUGCUGAUGAAAGUGCCAAUAAAGACAAUGCCACAGCACCAGAACCAAAUGAAAGCACAGAGGGGGACGAGGGGGGCUUCGUCCCCCAUCACCAGCACGCUGGCUCCCUCUGCGAGCUCGGGGUGGGGGAGUGCCCCUCGGGGAGCGGCGUGGAGUGCCCCAAAUGCGACACGGUCCUGGGCUCCUCCCGCUCACUGGGCGGCCACAUGACCAUGAUGCAUUCUCGCAACUCGUGCAAGACACUCAAGUGCCCCAAGUGCAACUGGCACUACAAGUACCAGCAGACGCUGGAGGCGCACAUGAAGGAGAAGCACCCGGAGCCGGGGGGCUCCUGCGUCUACUGCAAGAGCGGGCAGCCCCACCCCCGGCUGGCACGAGGCGAGAGCUACACGUGCGGUUACAAGCCUUUCCGCUGCGAGGUGUGUAACUACUCCACGACGACCAAAGGCAACCUCAGUAUCCAUAUGCAGUCCGACAAGCAUCUCAACAACAUGCAGAACCUGCAGAACGGCGGGGGGGAGCAGGUGUUCAGUCACACAGCUGGGGCGGCGGCGGCCGCGGCGGCGGCGGCGGCGGCCGCGGCCAACAUGGGCAGCUCCUGUGGGGCCCCCUCGCCCACCAAACCAAAAACCAAGCCCACCUGGCGGUGUGAGGUGUGCGACUACGAGACCAACGUCGCCCGGAACCUGCGCAUCCACAUGACCAGCGAGAAGCACAUGCACAACAUGAUGCUGCUGCAGCAGAACAUGACCCAGCUCCAGCACGGCCGCCACCUGGGCCUGGGCGGCCUGCCCCCGCCCGCCGAGGCCGAGCUCUACCAGUACUACCUGGCGCAGAACGUCAGCCUGCCCAACCUGAAGGUGGACAGCGCGGCCCCGGACGCCCCGUUCGUGAUGAGCGGCUUCCAGCUGGACCCCGCCGGGCCCGUGGCCGCCAUGACGCCCGCUCUAGUGGGCGGUGAAAUCCCCCUAGACAUGCGGCUCGGGGGCGGGCAGCUGGUGUCGGAGGAGCUGAUGAACCUGGGCGAGAGCUUCAUCCAGACCAACGACCCGUCGCUGAAGCUCUUCCAGUGCGCCGUCUGCAACAAGUUCAGCACGGACGCCCUGGACCUGCUGGGGCUGCACAUGAGUGUGGAGCGCAGCCUCCCGGAGGAGGAGUGGAAGGCGGCGAUGGGGGACUCAUACCAGUGCAAGCUCUGCCGCUACAGCACCCAGCUCAAGGCCAACUUCCAGCUGCACUGCAAGACGGACAAGCACGUGCAGAAGUACCAGCUGGUGGCCCACAUCAAGGAGGGCGGCAAGGCCAACGAGUGGCGGCUCAAGUGCGUGGCCAUCGGCAACCCCGUCCACCUCAAGUGCAACGCCUGCGACUACUACACCAACAGCUUGGAGAAGCUGCGGCUGCACACGGUCAACUCCAGGCACGAGGCCAGCCUGAAGCUGUACAAGCACCUGCAGCAGCACGAGAGCGGCGUGGAGGGCGAGAGCUGCUUCUACCACUGCGUUCUGUGCAGCUACUCCACCAAGGCCAAGCUCAACCUUAUCCAGCAUGUGCGCUCCAUGAAGCACCAGCGCAGCGAGAGCCUGCGCAAGCUGCAGCGGCUGCAGAAGGGCCUCCCCGAGGAGGACGAGGACCUGGGGCAGAUCUUCACCAUCCGCAGGUGCCCCUCCACCGACCCCGAAGAAGCCAUUGAAGAUGUUGAAGGGCCCAGUGAAGCGGCUGCUGAUCCCGAGGAGCUCGCUAAAGACCAGGAGAGUGGAGGCGAGAAGGACCAGAGCAAGUGGACAGCAGCAUCAAGCCAAGCAGAGAAGGAGCUGACAGACUCUCCUGCAACCUCCAAACGCAUCUCCUUCCCAGGUAGCUCGGAGUCCCCUCUUUCUUCAAAGCGACCAAAAACGUCAGAGGAGACCAAGCCGGAGCAGAUGUACCAGUGUCCCUACUGCAAGUACAGCAAUGCCGACGUCAACCGGCUGCGCGUGCACGCCAUGACGCAGCACUCGGUGCAGCCCAUGCUCCGCUGCCCCCUCUGCCAGGACAUGCUCAACAACAAGAUCCACCUCCAGCUGCACCUCACCCACCUACACAGCGUGGCGCCCGACUGCGUGGAGAAGCUCAUCAUGACGGUGACCACCCCUGAGAUGGUGAUGCCCAGCAGCAUGUUCCUCCCAGCGGCUGUUCCAGAUCGAGACGGGAGCUCCAGUGUGGAGGAGGCAGGAAAGCAGCCUGAAACCUCAGAGGAUCUGGGAAAGAACAUCUUACCCUCUGCGAGCACAGAACACAGUGGAGAUUUGAAACCCUCUCCUGUGGACCCGGGCUCUGUGAGAGACGAUUCAGGCUUCCUGUGCUGGAAGAAGGGGUGCAACCAGGUUUUCAAAACUUCCGCCACCCUCCAGACGCACUUCAACGAGGUUCACGCCAAGAGGCCUCAGCUGCCAGUGUCGGAUCGCCAUGUGUACAAGUACCGCUGCAACCAGUGCAGCCUGGCUUUCAAGACCGUGGAAAAGCUGCAGCUCCACUCUCAGUACCACGUGAUCAGAGCUGCCACCAUGUGUUGUCUCUGUCAGCGCAGUUUCCGAACUUUCCAGGCUCUGAAAAAACACCUUGAGACAAGCCACCUGGAGUUGAGUGAGGCCGACAUCCAGCAGCUUUAUGGUGGCCUUCUGGCCAAUGGGGACCUCCUGGCAAUGGGGGACCCCACCCUGGCCGAGGACCAUACCAUAAUCGUGGAGGAAGACAAGGAGGAAGAGAGUGACUUGGAGGAUAAACAGAGCCCGACGGGCAGCGACUCUGGGUCGGUACAAGAGGACUCGGGCUCAGAGCCAAAGAGAGCCCUACCUUUCCGCAAAGGCCCCAACUUCACCAUGGAAAAAUUCCUGGACCCUUCUCGCCCUUACAAGUGCACUGUCUGCAAGGAAUCUUUCACUCAAAAGAACAUCCUGCUCGUGCACUACAAUUCUGUCUCCCACUUACACAAGUUAAAGAGAGCCCUUCAAGAAUCGGCCACCGGUCAGCCAGAACCCACCAGCAGCCCUGACAACAAACCUUUUAAGUGCAACACUUGCAAUGUGGCCUACAGCCAGAGUUCCACCCUGGAGAUCCAUAUGCGCUCUGUGCUGCAUCAGACCAAGGCCCGGGCAGCCAAGUUGGAGGCGGCAAGCGGCAGCAGCAAUGGCGCCGGGGGCAGCACAGCCCCCUUGAGCUCCUCCACCCCGAGUCCUGUGAGCACCAGUGGCAGUAACACCUUUACCACCACCAACCCGAGCAGUGCUGGCAUCGCUUCGAGCUCCAGCUUAUUGAGUCAAGUGCCCGCUGAAAGUAUAGGAAUGCCACCCCUGGGGAACCCCAUCAGUGCCAACAUUGCAUCCCCUGCAGAGCCCAAGGAAGCCAACCGGAAGAAGCUGGCAGACAUGAUUGCAUCCAGGCAGCAGCAGCAGCAGCAGCAGCAGCAGCAGCAAGCACAGACACUGGCCCAGGCCCAGGCUCAAGUUCAAGCUCACCUGCAGCAGGAGCUGCAGCAGCAGGCGGCUCUGAUCCAGUCCCAGCUGUUCAACCCCACCCUUCUGCCCCACUUCCCCAUGACCACCGAGACCCUGCUCCAGCUGCAGCAGCAGCAGCAUCUCCUCUUCCCCUUCUACAUCCCUAGUGCCGAAUUCCAGCUCAACCCAGAGGUGAGCUUGCCGGUGACCAGUGGGGCUCUAACGCUGACCGGGACGGGGCCAGGCCUGCUGGAAGACCUGAAGGCCCAGGUUCAGAUCCCGCAGCAGGGCCACCAGCAGAUGCUGCAGCAGCAGCAGCAGCAGCAGAGCCAGCUCCCUCUGCCCCAGAGUCACCCUGCCCUCCUACAGCCCGGCCAGCACACUGAAAAGAAAAACAAACUGGUUAUCAAAGAGAAGGAGAAAGAAAGCCAGAGAGAGAGGGACAGUGCCGAGGGGGGGGAGAUCAGCUCGGGACCAAAGGAAUCACUGCCCGAUGCCUUGAAGGCCAAAGAGAAGAAAGAACUGGCCCCGGGGGUUAGUUCUGAGCCCUCCAUGCUCCCUCCACGCAUUGCCUCAGAUGCCAGAGGGAACGCUACCAAGGCCUUGCUGGAGAACUUCGGCUUUGAGCUGGUCAUCCAGUACAACGAGAACAAGCAGAAGGUGCAGAAGAAGAAUGGGAAGACGGAACAGGGCGAGAACCCAGAGAAGCUUGAGUGUGAUUCCUGCGGCAAGCUGUUUUCUAACAUCUUGAUUUUAAAGAGUCAUCAAGAGCACGUUCAUCAAAAUUACUUUCCAUUUAAACAGCUAGAGAGAUUUGCCAAACAGUACCGUGAGCACUACGACAAGCUGUAUCCCCUGAGGCCUCAGACCCCCGAGCCGCCGCCCCCACCUCCACCCCCGCCUCCACCCCCGCUGCCAGCAGCGCCACCCCAGCCAGCAUCCACCCCGGCCAUUCCCGCGUCGGCCCCACCCAUCACCUCACCCACGAUCGCCCCGGCCCAGCCGUCCGUGCCGCUCACCCAGCUCUCUGUGCCCAUGGAGCUGCCCAUCUUCUCGCCACUCAUGAUGCAGACGAUGCCACUGCAGACGCUGCCGGCUCAGCUGCCCCCUCAGCUUGGACCCGUGGAGCCCCUGCCCACGGACCUGGCCCAGCUGUACCAGCAUCAGCUCAAUCCGAGUCUGCUCCAGCAGCAGAAUAAGCGGCCUCGCACCAGGAUCACGGAUGACCAGCUCCGAGUCCUGCGGCAGUAUUUUGACAUUAACAACUCCCCCAGUGAAGAGCAGAUCAAAGAGAUGGCAGACAAGUCUGGGUUGCCCCAGAAAGUGAUCAAGCACUGGUUCAGAAACACGCUCUUCAAAGAGCGGCAGCGGAACAAGGACUCCCCUUACAACUUCAGCAAUCCUCCUAUCACCAGCCUGGAGGAGCUCAAGAUUGACUCUCGGCCCCCUUCACCAGAACCUCAGAAGCAGGAGUACUGGGGGAGCAAGAGGUCUUCGAGAACAAGGUUUACUGACUAUCAGCUGAGGGUCCUGCAGGACUUCUUUGAUGCCAACGCUUACCCAAAGGACGACGAAUUUGAGCAACUCUCUAAUUUACUGAACCUUCCAACCCGAGUCAUAGUGGUCUGGUUUCAAAACGCCCGACAGAAGGCCAGGAAAAAUUAUGAGAAUCAGGGAGAGGGCAAAGAUGGAGAGCGGCGUGAGCUUACAAAUGAUAGGUAUAUUCGAACGAGCAACUUGAACUACCAGUGCAAGAAGUGCAGCCUGGUGUUCCAGCGCAUCUUCGAUCUCAUCAAGCACCAGAAGAAGCUGUGUUACAAAGAUGAGGACGAGGAAGGGCAGGAUGACAGCCAGAAUGAGGACUCCAUGGAUGCCAUGGAAAUCCUGACACCCACCAGUUCCUCCUGCAGCACCCCGAUGCCCUCCCAGGCUUACAGCGCCCCAGCACCCGCGGCCAAUACGGCAUCCUCUGCUUUCUUACAGCUUCCAUCAGAGGCCGAUGAGCUAGCCACCUUCAGUGCAAAACCAGAGGCGAGUGAUGAGAAACCAAAGCAGGCUGACCCUCCCAGUGCACAGCCAAACCAAACCCAGGAGAAGCAAGGACAACCAAAGGCAGAGCUGCAACAGCAAGACCAGCCCGAGCAGAAGAUGAGCGCUGCCCAGCAGAAGCUCCCGCAGCUGACAUCCCCCGCACCGGUACCUACGCAGCCUCCUCCACAGGUGCCCCCCCCUCAGUGCCCCUUGCCCCAGUCGAGCCCCAGCCCCUCCCAGCUCUCCCACCUGCCCCUCAAGCCCCUCCAUACGUCAACUCCUCAGCCGCUGGCCAACCUACCUCCUCAGCUAAUCCCCUACCAGUGUGACCAGUGCAAGUUGGCGUUCCCAUCGUUUGAGCACUGGCAGGAGCAUCAGCAGCUUCACUUCCUGAGUGCACAGAACCAAUUCAUCCACCCCCAGUUCUUGGACAGGUCACUGGAUAUGCCUUUCAUGCUGUUUGACCCCAGUAACCCACUGCUGGCAAGCCAGCUGCUCUCUGGGGCCAUACCUCAGAUUCCGGCAAGCUCGGCCACUUCCCCUUCAACUCCCACCUCCACGAUGAACACUCUGAAGAGGAAGCUGGAGGAAAAGGCCAGUGCAAGCCCUGGAGAAAAUGACAGUGGGACGGGGGGAGAAGAACCUCAAAGAGACAAGCGUCUGAGGACAACUAUCACACCAGAACAGCUAGAAAUUCUCUACCAAAAGUAUCUCUUGGACUCCAAUCCAACUCGAAAGAUGUUGGAUCACAUCGCGCAUGAGGUGGGCUUGAAGAAACGUGUAGUCCAAGUCUGGUUUCAGAACACCCGGGCCCGGGAAAGGAAAGGACAGUUCCGGGCGGUGGGCCCAGCGCAGGCCCACAGGAGGUGCCCCUUCUGCAGAGCACUCUUCAAAGCCAAGACUGCCCUGGAGGCUCAUAUCCGGUCCCGUCACUGGCAUGAAGCCAAGAGAGCUGGCUACAACCUAACUCUGUCUGCAAUGCUCUUAGACUGUGACGGGGGACUGCAGAUGAAGGGAGAUAUUUUUGAUGGAACUAGCUUUUCCCACCUACCCCCAAGCAGUAGUGAUGGCCAAGGUGUUCCCCUCUCACCUGUGAGCAAAACCAUGGAGUUGUCUCCCAGGACUCUUCUGAGCCCUUCUUCCAUCAAGGUGGAAGGCAUGGAAGAUUUUGAAAGCCCCUCCAUGUCCUCAGUUAAUCUAAACUUUGACCAGACUAAGCUGGACAAUGAUGACUGUUCCUCAGUCAACACAGCGAUCACAGAUACCACUACUGGCGAUGAGGGCAAUGCAGAUAACGAUAGUGCGACGGGAAUAGCAACUGAAACCAAAUCCUCUUCUGCGCCCAGUGAAGGGUUGACCAAAGCAGCCAUGAUGGCAAUGUCCGAGUAUGAAGAUCGGUUGUCAUCUGGCCUGGUCAGCCCAGCUCCCAGCUUUUACAGCAAGGAAUAUGACAAUGAAGGUACCGUGGACUACAGUGAAACCUCAAGUCUUGCAGACCCCUGCUCUCCAAGCCCUGGUGUGAGUGGGUCAGCAGGCAAAUCUGGAGACAGUGGGGAUAGGCCCGGGCAGAAACGUUUUCGCACUCAAAUGACCAAUCUGCAGCUGAAGGUCCUCAAGUCAUGCUUCAAUGACUACCGGACACCCACCAUGCUGGAGUGUGAAGUCCUGGGCAAUGACAUUGGACUGCCAAAGAGAGUUGUUCAGGUCUGGUUCCAGAAUGCCCGGGCAAAAGAAAAGAAGUCCAAGUUAAGCAUGGCCAAGCAUUUUGGUAUAAACCAAACGAGUUACGAGGGACCCAAAACAGAGUGCACUUUGUGUGGCAUCAAGUACAGCGCUCGGCUGUCUGUACGUGACCAUAUCUUUUCCCAACAGCAUAUCUCCAAAGUUAAAGACACCAUUGGAAGCCAGCUGGACAAGGAGAAAGAGUACUUUGACCCAGCCACUGUACGUCAGCUGAUGGCUCAACAAGAGCUGGACCGGAUUAAAAAAGCCAAUGAGGUCCUUGGACUGGCAGCUCAGCAGCAAGGGAUGUUCGACAACGCCCCUCUGCAGGCUCUCAACCUUCCUACGGCAUACCCGGCGCUCCAGGGCAUUCCUCCUGUGUUGCUCCCUGGCCUCAACAGCCCCUCCCUGCCAGGCUUCACUCCAUCCAACACAGCUUUAACGUCUCCUAAACCGAACUUGAUGGGUCUGCCCAGCACAACAGUUCCUUCCCCUGGCCUCCCCACAUCUGGAUUACCAAAUAAACCGUCCUCAGCAUCGCUGAGUUCCCCGACCCCAGCACAAGCCACCAUGGCGAUGGCCCCUCAGCCAGCCCCUCAACCCCAGCAGCAACAGCCACAGGUGCAGCCGCCGCCGCCAGCAGCCCAGCCACCACCUGCACCACAGCUCCCACCGCAGCAGCAGCCGCAGCAGCGCAAGGACAAAGACGGUGAGAAGGUCAAGGAGAAGGAGAAGGCACACAAAGGGAAAGGGGAACCCCUGCCUGUCCCCAAGAAGGAGAAAGGAGAGGCCCCCACGGCAGCCGCAGCCACGCUCUCAGCACCACUGCCCGCCAUGGAGUAUGCGGUGGACCCCGCACAGCUGCAGGCCCUGCAGGCGGCCUUGACUUCAGACCCCACGGCGUUGCUCACGAGCCAGUUCCUCCCUUACUUUGUACCAGGCUUCUCUCCUUACUACGCCCCCCAGAUCCCCGGCGCCCUGCAGAGCGGGUACCUGCAGCCGAUGUAUGGCAUGGAAGGCCUGUUCCCCUACAGCCCUGCGCUGUCGCAGGCCCUGAUGGGGCUGUCCCCGGGCUCCCUGCUGCAGCAGUACCAGCAAUACCAGCAGAGUCUGCAGGAGGCCCUCCAGCAGCAGCAGCAACGGCAACUACAGCAGCAGCAGCAGCAAAAAGUGCAGCAGCAGCCGCAGCCCAAAGCAAGCCAAACCCCAGUCCCCCCGGGGGCUGCUUCCCCAGACAAAGACCCUGCCAAAGAAUCCCCCAAACCAGAAGAGCAGAAAAACGCACCCCGUGAGGUGUCCCCCCUCCUGCCGAAACCCCCCGAAGAGCCAGAAGCAGAAAGCAAAAGUGCGGACUCCCUCUAUGACCCCUUCAUUGUUCCAAAGGUGCAGUACAAGUUGGUCUGCCGCAAGUGCCAGGCUGGCUUCGGUGACGAGGAGGCGGCGAGGAGCCACCUGAAGUCCCUCUGCUUCUUCGGCCAGUCUGUGGUGAACCUGCAAGAGAUGGUGCUUCACGUCCCCACGGGCGGCGGCGGCGGUGGCAGCGGCGGCGGCGGCGGUGGCGGCUCGUACCACUGCCUGGCGUGCGAGAGCGCGCUGUGUGGGGAGGAAGCUCUGAGUCAACAUCUCGAGUCGGCCUUGCACAAACACAGAACAAUCACGAGAGCAGCAAGAAACGCCAAAGAGCACCCUAGUUUAUUACCUCACUCUGCCUGCUUCCCCGAUCCUAGCACCGCAUCUACCUCGCAGUCUGCCGCUCACUCAAACGACAGCCCCCCUCCCCCGUCGGCCGCCGCCCCCUCCUCGUCCUCGUCCUCCGCUUCCCCCCACGCCUCCAGGAAGUCUUGGCCGCAAGUGGUCUCCCGGGCUUCGGCCGCGAAGCCCCCUUCUUUUCCUCCUCUCUCCUCAUCUUCAACGGUUACCUCAAGUUCAUGCAGCACCUCAGGGGUUCAGCCCUCGAUGCCAACAGACGACUAUUCGGAGGAGUCUGACACGGAUCUCAGCCAAAAGUCCGACGGACCGGCGAGCCCGGUGGAGGGUCCCAAAGACCCCAGCUGCCCCAAGGACAGUGGUCUGACCAGUGUAGGAACGGACACCUUCAGAUUGUAA